CCAUCCUUUCAUGCUGUCAGAUUUGAAGAGGACUUUGCUUACAGAGUUUUUACAACCUACGACGUGUCUACUUCAUGAAAACGAAGAUAAUGAUACGAAAGAACCUUCAAAAUGCGAAGAAAGUACAACGGAUAAGGUAAUUGAUCUUCUUAACCAAGCCCAGCUGGCAAAAAAGGAGAGCAAACUGCAUUACCUUAAACAGGUUCAAGAAUUGAUCGUGAACAAGGAACCAGCAUUAUUGGAUAACUUCCUGGAUGAAAUUCUCAUUUUUCAACAUGAUAAAACAACUGAAGUUAGAAAAUACGUGCUUCAAUUUAUUGAGGAAGCCUGUAAAAAGGAUGUUGAAAUCUUGACAAAAGUCAUCCAUACUAUUGUUCUGUUGAUCAAUGAUCCAAAUGUGAUUGUCAUCAAAAAAGUCAUGUUAUCUUUAACACAAUUGUAUCGCAUCAUGCUCCAGUUCAUCAGCAAGCAGAAAGUUAUUGAUGAAAAUCUCAAAGCAACUUGGGAGAUUUUAUGUAUGUUAAAAAAUCAAAUCAUGGAGAAAGUUCAAUCAGAUAAUGAUGGCAUUCGUACUCAUGCAAUCAAGUUCAUGGAGAUGAUUGUCCUUGCACAAUCAUGUAAACCACAGGAUACCAAAGAUGAUGAUGUCAUUUCUCUUGAUGUGGUACCUCGUAAUCAUCCAGUUUUGAGUAUGACUCAACUUCGUGAGGAAGCAGGAAUGACUCUUGAGGCUUUACUCAGUUUAGUUGCUUCUCCAAAUAUUUCAAGUGUUAACCUAAUGGCCAGUAUGGGUACACUGGCAGCCAUUGCAAAACAAAGACCUGCUUUCAUGUCGUUGGUUGUUGAAGCUUUUGAAUCGCUUCACGCCAAUCUACCAACUGCACUUUCUAAGAGUCAAGUCAGCAGCGUCAGAAAGAAUUUAAAGCUUCAUCUUAUGAAUUUACUAAAGAAUACGGCUGCAGUGGAGUAUUACCCACAGAUAACUACCCUUCUCACUGAUCUUGGAGCCUCGCAGAGUGAGAUGCAGAAGAUCUGGCAGAAAAAUCUCGCAAAAGUUAAUUUAGAAUCUAUGAAGCGACCAAGAAAUGAAGCAACAGCUGACACUGAAUCACCAUUGACAAAAAGACAAAAGUCGGGAAAGUCUGAAUCUAGUGUCGGAUUAACAAUUAUCCAAGCAAUUGAAAUGACAAAGGAAGACUUAAUACCGCGCUUGAAGAACGAGAGAGUCUCGGAACUGGUAAUCGUUAGCAUGCUGGGAUUACCCGACCAAAUGCCGACUAAUUUCCAAGAAACAUACACUCCCAUUGCUGCAGCUGGUGGUAUGGCGCAGGUUACGCAUCUUGCCCGCUUGAUCAGCGCACAAAUGACAAACGCGGGCAUUGGUGUUGGCGCUGAAAAGAUGCAACAACUUAAAAAGGCUAGAGAUGCGGAGAAAGUUCAGCCACCAAUGGAGAUCGUACCAAGUCACAGAUACGAGACAUCAAGUAGUAUACCUGUUAUUGGUAGCUCUACGACGGGUUCCAUGGCAAGCCAGAGCUUGAUAAAAGAGGAUCCGAGCAUUCUUCACGCAAAGCAAGAAAAUCUUGUUCAAGAAUCGCCAUUCUUGAGGAUUAUGGAACACAUCAACAAAGAAAAAGGACAAGCUAAAAAGCCUGCGAAAUCUUCGUCUUCUCUUCAGACGAGACGAAAGAUAAAGCCUUUUAAACUGCACGAAGUGAAACAGGUUCUUACUCAAGAAGAACGAGAGAAAUUGAUACUUUCCGCUUUUCGAAGAAUUCUCGACGCAGAAAAGCACUGUAUUCAAGGUGGAAAAACAAAGGAAAGACUUGACAUUAUCGUUGGUUUGGCCACUCAGUUCGGUGGACACCUACGAAUAGCGUUGAAGAACUUCAUAAUGUUGGAUCCACGCGCAAGAUACGAGCUCGCAAAUCUCUGGAUUUAUCACGAGUUUCUUGCAGAAGAAUCAUACAGAGAGAGAGUUGAACAAGAGUUUCUUGAAGGGGAAGAACUAAGCGACGAACAAAUGAUGGUUAACAAUUCGUACAACGAAAGUCUUCUUGCUUUGUUACGUGGUUUUAAAGAACGACUCGACACAAAAGACAAGUUGAUAUCUCGUUUAUAUUUGGAAGCGCCAAGGUUGACGGAUGAAUCUAAACUAUUUCUCAAGGAAUAUUGCGAAGAUCUGGAACGUAGCCAUGUUGGAUUUUCUACGCUUCGGGAGUUGAUCCUCCAAAGACCUGCCAAUCAAGUGGAUUAUCUUAAUCUCCUUUUGGAACUCACGUCUCAUUACAAGGAACAAGUUCGUGUUCAAGCGAUUUACACAGCAAAGAAACUUCAUCCACAUCCGAAUCUUGCCGUUGAUAUUCAGCAAUUCGCCCUACAAUCUCUACGGACUCUGUUGCUUCCGAAGCCUCCGAAUAAAGGAGCUGUGGAAUGGACUGACGAACCUAUCAAAUUGUGUUUAUAUCUUUACCUCGCAUUAUUACCUUUGAACCAUAAAUUGCUGCACGAUUUGGCAAGUCUCUAUACCCAAGCUUUGCCUCUUGUUAAACGGACAAUUCUUCGACAUUUGGAGCAUCCUGUACGGUCCAUAGGUAUGGAUUCAGAAGAAUUACUGAAACUUGUUGAAACUUGUCCAAGCGGAGCUGAGACAUUGAUCACGCGAAUAUUACAUAUCAUUACUGAGAAAUCCUCGCCAUCAACAGCUUUAGUGAAGCACGUGAAAGAUUUGUACCACAAGCGUGCAUCGGACGUGCGACUUUUGAUUCCGGUUUUGACCGGUUUGGAAAAGAAGGAGGUGAUCGAAGUUUUACCAAAGUUAAUAAAACAAUCUCCGAAUGUGGUGAAGGAAGUCUUCAACAGAUUAUUGGGCUGUUUUCAUGGCGAGUCGACUAUCUCCAGUGCCAGUCCGCUGACACCCUCGGAACUGCUGAUCACCCUGCAUAAUAUUGAAGAUAAAGCUGACAUGAAAUCUAUAAUCAAAGCUGUCGGUUUGUGUUUUGCUGAAAAGACCAUUUACACUCAAGAGGUUCUUGCUGUUGUACUGCAACAGUUGAUGGAGAAAACUCCUUUGCCCACGUUGUUUAUGAGAACGGUUAUUCAAUCAUUGAGUGUCUGUCCACGUCUCGUUGGCUUUGCCAUGAAUAUUCUCUCUAAACUAAUUAGCAAACAGGUGUGGAAACAACCGAAAGUGUGGCAAGGUUUCGUCAAAUGUUGCCAGAUGACAAAACCACAGUCGUAUCCUAUACUGUUGCAAUUACCAUCAAGACAGCUUGAGAGUGUGUUCGAGUUAUGUCCUGAAUUAAAAGAUCUUCUUCGGACUCACGUGGAACAAUUUACACCUCAUCAGAGGGCACUCAUUCCGCGCUCCCUUAUUCAAAUCUUGGAAAAAGAUGCGAAACAAGAGGAAACGACGACGGAGAAAGAGUCGAAAGAACCAAACGAAGCAAAACUUAAAACUGAAGUGUUGCCAACGACAAGUGAUGACACUUUAACGUCAAAACAGGAAACAAUUAAACUGCAAUCACAGAAACGCGAGAGAGGCGAUGAUGAUGGCACACAAACGGAAGAAAACGAACAUAAAAAAUCACGAGAAGAAAGUGAAAAUCAACAAGGAACAUGAAUAGGUGAUGCCCGGAUGUUGAUGAAUGACCACUCUUUGGUAAGGUAGGAUACACCUAAUGAUUAGGAAGGAUGCACGCGGAUGCUUAGCCAGCGAACAGUGAGUUAUUUUAAUCGCUCCUAAAUGUCCUAAAGUUAAACAGACUUGGUUGAAGACGACAUGUCAAAUCGUUGUCAUGAGUGCCUUAUCCUUUGCUCAUAUCAGUACAUCUCAACAUAGUUUUUUUACACGUUUUUUAAUUAGACGACACAUAGGUAGUGCCAUAGUGGUCAAGCCAACCCACAAGUUUUGGUCUUGCUAUGUAAAUUCUUCCGACUAUUUAACUCUCUUCUAAUAUUUCUUUAGUAAUCACUAUAGUUACAUUGUUUUCAAAAUAAGUGAACACAGACUAAUAAACAUAGCACGACUAUAAAUAUGUGGGCGGGAUACUUAUAGCUAGCUACAACGCUUCAGAAACGAAAGUGCGGUUUUGACGUCAUUAGCAGCCUCAAUACCACUUUCCAUUGCGCCACUGACGGUUGCGCAAUCCCCACGUGACCGCGUUGCUUCACCUGCGAAAAAAAUGCGAUUUUGCAGUGGUUUCGCAAGUAUUUGACGUUGACCACGAGCGUGUAACGAUGGCGAACUGUAUGCGCCACGAAUGAAAGGAUUUGAGGACCAGUGAUGAUAAACAUAAUAAAGAUAAUGAUUGGUAGCUGGAGUAGGUUUUUCUUUUGUCCUAAAUCAAAAAAUAAGUUAAACCCAA